AUGACAACUGUCCUGGCUCCGCUCCAGAACGGGGGUCUGGAGCAGCCGGGUCUGGAUCCCCGUGUGCUCCAGUGCGGCUUCGCCCGCCUCCUGGGCAAGGACGUGGACUACAUUGUGCGGAAGUAUGAGAUCGUGCUGGGCAGACGCAGCAAGGCCUCCACCCUGGACGUGAUCCUGGGUGACUUCAUGUCCGUGUCCCGGCAGCACGCCCGCAUCCUGUACAGCUUCCCUUCAGCCCGUUGGGAGCUGCAGGUCCUGGGCAAGAACGGGGUGGCAGUUGACGGCGUCACCUACCUCCCAGGCGGGGACCCGGUGCCCUUGGCCUCCCGGGCGCUGCUCCAGAUAGGGCAGGAUGUGUCCUUCCACUUCCUGCUCCCCAGCAGCACUCGCCGCAGGCACGUCUCAGUGAUCAGGGUGUCCGGUCCUGAUCCCAUUGAGCCGUCGCCUGCCGCCCGGGAGGCCGCGGAGUGGGGCCAUGCCAGCGUGGCGGCGCAGCAGGCGCAGCAGGCGGCCCCGCAGCAGCCGGGGCCCCAGGCGCUGCUGGCCGCGCUUUCCGGCCACCCGGGCAGGGCCGCCGUGCAGUCCCUCCAGGGGCAGGCGCUGGAGCAGGAACAGGCGGGGCUGACACCGGCGCAGCACCAGCAGCUGCUGCAGGCUUGGCAGGCGCAGCAGUAUGGGAACCCGCACCAGUACGGGCGGUGA